CGCAGCCAUGCUUCGUACACCUCUAGCUGUCAUACUUGUGACAUGUUGUUAUACCUCGCUUCAAUCAAACGUCCUGGCAGAGCGACCAAGAGAACCAAGAUCCGACCCUCAGGGUUCAAGUGUACACAAGAACAUGGAAAAUGUAACUUGGGACACUGGUGUACACAAGGAUACUCACCAUGUGGACUCUAAGAGUGUACACAAACAUUCUCACCACGUGGACUCUGCAAAGAGUGUACACAAGAACGCCCACAAUGUGGAUUGGCAUAUACUAAAGAAAAGAAAGGAGUUACUAGAGGCAGAGAAACUAUUGAAGGAGCAUAGAUCAAACCUAAAACUCAAGGCCGCCAACAACCAGAUAGACUGGAGAUCAGUAGCUCAAGAUGAGAAUUCAGGAUCAAAUAACUGGAUACCUCUUCAUCCAAUUGUAUCAGAUGAUCUAAAGGAUUCUGUUAGAGUUGACAUGGAAAAACCUCUCUCAGAGGACUACCGUCAGAAGAUCAUUGAGCGGAUGGAUGCAGAGAAGUAUGCUGCUCGGUUCAAGGGUGGACUAUUUGAGGAGCUUGAGUCUGAGGAAAAUGUGAGACUGGCAAGGGAUCCCAAAUACUAUUUACCCCAAUAUCCAGGAAAGUUUCCAUAUGGAGGCUAUGGUGGAUAUCCUAACUAUGGUUAUCCUAAGCAUCCUUAUGGCUACUAUGGUAAUCACCAUUACCCUGUUAUUCCUCCAAAAAAGUAUUCUCCCACCACUACUACUGGAAACACUGAUGCUUAUAAAUCACCAGCUAAACCUAAUGUUCCUUCGACACUUACUCCUGAAGGUCAAGUUCCAAUCAUUUACAAUCAUUUUGAAGGUCCUCUGCCUUCCUUCUCUUAUUCGUACAUCACUGGAAAUGGUAUUCAACAAUCAGCAAGAGGAGAGAUCAAGCAGAUUGGAGAUGAAGAAGGGGUUGUAAUGAGUGGAUCAUAUUCCUAUGUUGGUCCUGAUGGGGUUACAUAUGAAGUUGACUGGAUAGCAGAUGAGAAUGGAUUCCAGCCUACUGGAGCCCAUUUACCGUCCCCACCAGAUGGCCUAUUGACUCCAGAUAUUAAGUUCCCAGAACGUAGUUCCCCAGGGGCUUCCCAACAACCACUCCCUGCACAACGUAUCUCUUCAGAGGUUUCACAACAACCACUUCCAGAACAACGUGCCUCUCCAGCGGCUUCUAAGCAACCAUUUCCGGUACAACGUACUUCAGAAAAGAAUAACUCUGUCCAACCUGCUUCUACCUUUAACAGUGAGCGAAAUGAUCUUCCUGACUUCUCUGCUUCUGCCACCAAAACCAAGAAUAUUCCUAUAAUAGAUUUUACAGAUACAGAUGCUAUUGAUCAAGUGACUGCUCCAAAACUUUAGUCUAGGAUAAAAAAAUACAUAAUACAGUCAAUAGUCAUCUAGUUUAAAAAGAAUUCAGAGAAGAAAAUAGUUUUUUAUACUCUAGUCUGCAUUGUAAUCGAAGUUAGGUACUUUCCCAAAGCACCAACUUCUCAAGAGGCAACUUCCAAAAUGGUAAAUUUCCUAGGCGCCAACUUCUCAAGUCUGUCCUAGCCAAAGCGCUCAUCCCCCUGGCCUGUUCUAACCGCAGGGCUAGGCCCACUAGCCUAUCCGAGCCGCAGUACUCGGCCCCAAUUGCAGCCUGCGGUGCCUCUAACCUAAACUUUGGGAAAUUGCCACAUAGGAAAUUGUUACUUUUGAAAUCGCACCUGGGAAAAUGCCUUUGGGAAAGUACCAUUAUGAAAUAGUUUUAAGCUUAAGAAAUAAAAAUUGUACCGUUUAGCUUUUAUAUCCCUAAAUAAAGAUAGAAUCUUUAAAAA